AAAAUAACGUGAGAAUGGGAGUCGGCUGGAGGUUGCGUGUACUCCAGACGGUGAGGAGUUAGGGAGGAGGGUCUCUCUUUCUCACCGGUGCUGCUGUCUGCCAAAGGGCUAUGGAUGCAAGUCAGCUGCCUACCGUGGUCAUGGAGGCCAGUGGAGACGAGGAGGGAGAGGCUCAUAGAGUGAAAACUGAGUGCAUGAGGCUUACUGAAGAGAGAGAUGAGGCUGAAAGGCAGCUAAAGCACAUUAAAAGAGUUUCCCAAAUGGUGAUUGAGGAGGUGAGCGUGCUGCAGACGCAGCUGGAGAUUGAGAAGUCGUGUCGGGAGAACGCUGAAGCACUGGCUACCAAGCUGAACUGUGAGAACAGGAAGCUGAAGUAUCUGAGCCUGUCAUCUCGGCCAUGUCUGGAUGAGUUGCUGCCCAGUAUCUCCGACUGCAUCUCCCUGGAGGAGGACGCCGAGCCACAGGAUCACAGCCCGGACCCCUACGCCCAGUACCAACAGCAGGUCAAAGAUCUUCAGGAAACAGUGAACACUUUGCUGGAGGAAAAAAAGCAGUUAGCCUGUCAGUUACAGGAGCAGCAGAGGCAGAUCGAGGAGUUGACAGCACUUACUGAAAAAGAGCAAGCAGAGAUGAAGGAGCUUCACAAUACCAUUGAGCAACAAACCAAGACCAUCAAGAGAUUCAACAGAGUGUCCAUGAUGGCUGCUCAUGAAUACGAGGGGCUGAAGGAGCAGCUGGAUCUGGAGCAGAGCCUGAGGCAAAAAGCAGAGACCUAUGCACAUGAGAUGCUGGUGCAACAAAAAGAGGCAAACCGGCAGAGCAUGAUUCUCCUGCAGCAAGCAGACCCCAGUGUUCAGCUGCUCAAGGCUUUGGAGGAUGUGGCUAAUGUAACCAAAACACUGGAACAGGAACGGCUGCAGCACCAAGAGAAGGUAAAGACUCUGGAGGCUGAGCUGGAUCAGUGUGCCUUGCGGAAGCAACUAGCACAGCUGCAGAAACAGCUGGAGUUGCUGGAGGAGGAGAAAAAAGAGACAGAGGAGCGCUUGCAGGAGGAAGUGAAGAAGUGCAGCACCUUAGAAAGCAGAGUGAAAGAGCUGCAGGAGUCUCAGAGGACCUGUGUUUCAGCCUCAGGUCCAUCUCCUGGGACCGCACCUCCCCCUGCACCUCCUCCCCAGCCUCCUCCGCCUCCCCCACCCCCUCCUCCCCCUCCUCCCCCACCCCCUCCCUCUCGCUGCAACCCCCUCAGCUCCCUCAUUGCAAUCAUGAGGAAAUCCUCCAAGGGUGGAAAAGGCUCCCCGAAAUUAGAGCAGGCUCCAGUGAAUGAAGCUGUGGACGAUGUCAAAGUGAAGGCUGUCAAUGAAAUGAUGGAGAGGAUCAAACAUGGGGUGGUGCUCAGGCCUGUGAAAGGACAGGAUACAAAGAGAUUUGGCACAAAGCCGCAAAAUCCAGCCACUGAGGAGAAACACCAGGAGAGCGCAAUGGAGGAGCUGAAAGGCAUCCUGGACCCAGUGAAAAAGAGUCCCAGUCGUGGAUUCCAGGAAACAUUACCCAUUAAAAAGGACAGUGAACUGGAAGUGAUUCUGAGGAGGAGACGCAAGCAGGCCUGUGAUCCUGCUGCAGCAGAUGAGAUGGAUGGUCAGAUCAGUAAGGUCUCUUCAUCUGAUAGCCUAAAUGGUCGGCAUAGUUCUGACUCUGGUAAAGACACAGAUGGGCCGGGCAGCAGCUCCCUCUCGGGCAGUGAGGCUGGCUCCAGGACCAGCUCAGACUCAGGCAAAGAAGCAGCCACAGCCCGCAGGAGCUCAGACUCAGGCACAGAGCCUAGUGGAACCAAACAGAGAGCUUCUGUCCACAGGUCUCUCUCUGAGAAAAGGCCUUCCGAACUGGUUACCAACAGCUCCUGCACCCGAGCACAGAACAAUGAAGAACAAAAGAAGAGCAAGCAGCCUAAUGGAAUCAGCCACCCCGCACAGAACGAGGGCCUGCAGGCCACGCUCAGCUCCUCGGCAGACGGCCCUAACGAAGCAAAUGGCAGCAUGGAUGCUGAGUGUUAACAGCAAGCAGCACUAGCAGGACAGCUGCAGUAUUUGCACAGAAUCUUGUUUUGGUUUUUCACUUUAUUUAUUCCAAAUUCCACAAACAUACUUGGAAAAUAUUCAAUUCUAGGUAUUCAGUACAAAGGCGUCUGAUGCUGUGGGUGCAUAUCUACUCAUGGAUCACUUAGUAUUUAACAUUUUCUUUAGAAGCAUCCUGCAUCUCGAGAACUUAAAGGUAACCCACUCUAUUCUUGUUUUAAAAAUGAACAUUUGAUCCUAUGUGAAUAGUCUGUUUGAAACUGGGUCCGACCAGAACAAGUACAAUGAACUUUAAAAAACUCCUGAGAUUUAAAAUGCAGCGUAUGAAAUGCAUUGCUGACAAUAUCUUUCCAAAGGAAACAUUCAUACUCAGAUUUACCAUUCAGUAGGAUUUUUGAUUAGAAACAUUUCAUAACAACACUGGUCUUCUCUCUAUUUGAGUAGCUAUAUAUGACUCCUUUACUGGGGGUUACAGUAAUCAUUUUGAAAUUACCCAGCCACAACUUUAUCCUUACACUCGCCAACAUUUCUAUUAGUGCUGAAUGAUACGGCCUAAAAAUGACAUCACAAGAUGAUCUUUAUCUGAGCAUGCGCUAUAUGGUAAAAAAAGAUCUAGCAACACAAGAACUUCACAGAACACAUGCUAUUGACACUGUUGUUGCUGUUGAGAGGUUUAACCCUGCUGUUUUAGCCUAAUUACCACAAAACCUCAAGUUGGUCAUUAGCUCAUCUAGCUGUGAAGUGCCUAAAGGACAUUAAGGCCUUAAAACCUUGCUUAAAGGCCUUGUUUGCAAAAUGUAGGUCAAUAUAAUGCAAUUUAGCAUCAAAGGCCAAGAAUCCACCAUAUAACAUCUUUAUAUAUGUAACAUUUCUGACAUCCAGUUUCAUAUCGCAAUAACAAAAGGCUAUACAUCAUCGCAUUGCCCAGCUCUGCUUUCUAGAUUUUCAAAAGUGAACUAUACAGUAAAGAUCAUUGUUUACAAUGCAAAAACUCAAUCCUGAAUCAGUCUGAGAUCAGUACUGCACAUCAAGGUACUUUUGCUGUUAUAUCUGAGGCUCUGUCCUCAUAAGAUGCAAAUAUAAGCCAUGCAAGUGCUCUGAUUGAUAUGGAUAACCAUGAAGGAGAUAGAUGAGGGUCUAUUCAGUCUACCUCCUCCUAGACAAACUCACCUCCUAGCGUAUAUUUAAUUGUACAGGUUAUUUACAUCGUAAAAAUGUGAACACCCUUAAGGAGUGACAUAUUAUCCUCUAAUGUCUUCCACCUGUGUUUCCCAAGUUUUUUGCACUGCAGUGAAUUCGCUGCUUGAGGAUCGUAUGAUAGUUGCUUUUCACAUUUGUGUUGAGGUAGAGCUAGGUGGGCUGUGAGGUUUUUUAUAGCCCCCCCUCCCAAUUGAUGGAUGCUAUAUCAUCUGCUAAUUGUAAUGGUGUGCAAUAGCCAAGACAUUUAGUUCAGAUGAUCACUGAUUUCACAGAGUGAUCCUGCAUCAGCCUGAAGAGAAUUUGACUGCUCUUUUGAGGUUUUAUUACUACACCCACUGAGACCCGAAUUCUAAUGUACGUGGCACAUUAAAACUCUCUGUAUGGUUUUUAAGGUAAAAGUUAAAAGAUCAAAAUGAACUGACCCAAGUGUUUACGGCCUUACUGUAACACCAUUCGGUUCCUUUCCGCCUGCUUGCCGUGCAGGCUUAUCUCUGUAGGCUGUAAGAAGUUGAGGACCCACUUGGGAUUUUAUCUGACUGUUGUGAUCUUAAAAUGUGUGUGUGUUUUGAAGCUACAAACAAAUGAGUGCACCUUUUUAUUUAAAAAUCAUGUUAUUCUCCUGCACCGUACCUUUUAAACUGGACUGAAUAAACAUGAAAAACGACUA